UGCAAUAACAAAGCAAAUAACAACAAUCACCGGGGAAACCCCAUUCACCUGUAAUUAAACGCAGGUCUCUUUCAUUUCCUUUACGUUUAAUAAUCCCUUCAUAACACCAUGGACAUGAAGAAGAUCUCCACCGCCAUCAUUGUUGCCGCUGCCUCAAUGAGCGCCGUCAUGGCCGCCAGUGCGCCAGCUACUUCACCUUCCGCCGGUGGUGCUGAGCAUAUCUCCUCUCCUGAUUCUGGUCCAGCACCUGGACCAGACUCCAGCGUCGCUGCUGCUGCCUUGCCUGUUCUUGGAUCAUUGGUCGGGGCUUCCAUUGUUUCUUUGUUUUCUUACAUUCUCCAGUAAGCUGAUAAAUGGAUGAAGAAGUGCAUAACCGGAG